GCGUUACUCAAUCGUUGGGUGGGGCUAAGAAAUGACGUAACACGAGUCGUUGGUGUCAUAAGCAUGUGGUUAUUCCGAACGACUUCCGUAUUGAUAAGCGUACUUGGGAGCAGAGGAGUAACCCGAACAAUGUGUGCACAAGUGAACGACUGGCAAAAUGCCAAGUCCAUCUAUGAGUUCUCUGCCAAGGAUAUCGAUGGCAAUGAGGUGUCUCUUGAAAAAUACAGGGGUGAUGUUUGCAUCAUUGUAAAUGUGGCCUCCAAAUGAGGAAAGACCCGCGUGAACUAUACUCAGCUUGCGGAAAUGCACGCUUCCCUGGCUGAGAAGGGUUUACGCAUCCUUGGCUUCCCUUGUAACCAGUUUGGAGGGCAGGAGCCUGGAACUGAUGCGGAGAUUAAGGAGUUUGCCAAAGGUUUCAAUGCAAACUUUGACCUCUUCAGUAAAAUUGAUGUGAACGGAGACAACGCUCACCCUCUUUGGAAAUGGAUGAAAGCACAGCCGAAGGGAAAGGGAACCUUUGGAAAUAACAUCAAAUGGAACUUCACUAAGUUUCUUAUAAACAAAGAGGGACAAGUGGUGAAACGGUACGGUCCGACAGACGAUCCUAGCGUGGUGGAGAAGGAUUUGCCUACGUACCUGUAAUAACAGCUAAUGUCUUCGAUCACAAACGGAUCUCCCAUAUGGACUUGAGGGUUAUUUGGUGUGCGGAUGUGUGGGCCAAUGAUGCCCUGUCUGUGAACCCGAUUAUUGGGACGGACAGGUCUGAUGACUCGGCGUGCAGCUACCUCCAGACGUUUUGCUACACCACCCUACAAGACCAUAUGAAUAAAGAUUCCUUAGUGAUCUUGCAGCAAAGCAGCCAUUCCUUUCUUAUGUAAUCAUUGGUUUUGUGUAGUAUAUUCGUUAUGCUGUUUGUCUAAAGCCAAAGAUGUUAUAGUCCGCUCACGCUCCCAAACUACUGAGAAUAGCUUCACUGCAAGCAAAAGCGGUUUCUAGAUUGAAAUUUAAUUGACCAAUGUUGCUUUGCAUUCACUUGCUUGUGAGAAUCAUGGGGUCUCGGCCGUUAAUGUUUAGAUUUAUCCGUAUCCACCAGGUAGAAAUUAUUUGUCUGCUGUACUUGCAUAAUUAUCAGUGUUACUUUACAGAGAAUUAAAUGUCAAUAAAAGAUGAAUUAUA